CGAGGCAAAGCGUCCAUGUAGAUGCCAAGAUUUGGCGGUUUGAUUAUCAACAAUUUGGAAUCGGAGGUAUGUUAUCUGCCAUGUCGACUGGUACGUGUGGUUUUAUGAUCUUCAUAAUCUCCCCAGCAAUCGAUGUGAUUAUUUGAAUUAAAUAUUAGUGCCAAACGUAUACGCCAACCCUUUACAUAUAAAUGUUGACAGAGGGCAAAAUCGAUCAUUAUAGAUUUUGUAAAUUAGAAUAAGCAUGAUUUCUAUUUCUUCCAUCAUCUUUUCAGUGUUUAUAACUAUUCUAACUAAUAGCACAGGAUCUGCUUAUUGUACCCCCACUUCAAUCUUCGCGUUCCAACUGCAAAUGAAGAUUCACUCUUCCCCAAGCGAUCAACUUCUACUUCCGGUUUAAUUUAUAAAGUUAAUCGCAACAUUAAGGUUUUGUGAGUUGCAGUGUGUACACAUUUUUACACGAAGUGGCAAGAUACUUUCAGUAAGAUGAUAUGACACAGGUAGUCUACAAUUUUCUGCAUUGUUGUUGCUAGCAAUAUUCAGAACUUAUUUCACAUUUAUCAAAGGGAUCUGAUAUGUUGUACAAUGGUUUAUAGAAACAUCGGACCGCGAACUGUAAUUCUCGAGCUGGCCGUAGAUCGUAAUUUUAUCCUGCGCCCCUUACAAAGCGAGUAACAUUUUCUACACAUAAUUGUUGCUCACUCUAAAAUGUGUAAUGUGUCUUAACGUAAAAUGCUGCUCUAACUCGGUGGUAAACACUGAACCCUAAAACUCCCAAGAUCUGAUUGUGUGUUUUCCCCUCUAAGAGCAAUUGUAGCUUCUCGCGUGAUCUCCAGACAAUUUCAUGAUAUUAAACACAACUUGUUAUAUUAUCAGCAAAGAGGAUAAAAUGUUUUGAGAUCAGAACUCUCCUCCAUCAUACUUCAAUGUGUACAUACCUCUUACUAAAAAAGUAAACAAGUUUUAAGUCUGCAUUAUAAGUUAAUUGGACCAAGUUUUUUUUCUGCUCCAAAUUAUUGCAUAGGCUUGAAGUAUGUGGGCCAAAUCUGAGUGGAAAAAACAAGGUCCCAUAACUUACAGUAUUGACUAGGAAAUAAGGUUAGAAAGAUAAUUAUUAUAUCACUGGGUUCAAAUUAGAGGAGGAAUAUUUCCAUUCAAACAAAACUUUAACAUUAGUGGGCUGUGCAGUGGUACAUAACCUGCUAAAUUGACCAAUCCUAGUGCUCUGCAUACUUAAUGAGAGAUGGGAAAACAUAGUGCCCUGGUGCACUGUGGGAAUAAGAAGCAAGCUUUGUUCUAUUGAAUUUAAUCACACAAUUUGCCAAGUUAUGAAUAUAAUUUAAAUAUGAUAAUUGAGAGCUUCUCUUUAUUUCUCAAUGAAUACUUGCUUGGGUAAUUUUGUCAACGCCACAAAUCUGACAACCAUAGUUUUUUUUUUUUUUUUUAAAGACAGAUGCUUGCUACAAUUCUGUUUUAGACUCCAAGACUUCAAAUUAGUCAAGUGAAAUUUUGAUUGAUACAUGUAGAUAUAUUGGCAAUGGUAUAGGUACUGGUAUUUGCAUAAGGAUUUCAUAAUUCACCUGAACUUUAUGAAUUUUGUGGCCUCACCAUAGAUAGUAGAAUUCUGGGGUUUUGAUUCAGCAUAAGUCCUAUUUAUAAUUGAUAGAUUAAGUAAUAAGCUGACUGAUUAAUUGAGUAAGUGAUUCACUGUUUGACCUACUGAAUUCAUGUAAUUAGAGUGUCAGUCAUGGACUGACUAUCCAAUGCAUAAUACAGAAAAAGAUAGAAUAACGCACUUGGAACUCUGGGUAAAGAUGCCACUCUGGGUAAGGAUCUCAUGGGCCCAUCUAUUGUGAGGACAACCACCUACAAUGCAUUCCAAAGGCAUUUUUGAAAUGACUUACACAACACCUUCCAGGUAUUUCAAAACUAUUUGCCUACAUCAAAAUGGUUGAUUUACCCAGAGUUUGCAAGCAUUGUGCCAUCUUUUUCUCUAUUGUAGAGUGACCAGCUCAAUUACUUGUGUGAUGUACUAUUUGGAUAGUAUAUUCCAGAUUUUAUCUUCUGCCUCAUGCAUGUAGCUGUAAUCAUAAAAAGCUAAGUUAUUUAUAUAUAUAUAUUUAUUUCCACUAAUGAGGAAAUAUAUUUCCACAUUAGUUGGGUUGCAUUUGUUAAAUCUUAGUUGGGGGACACCAGUACUUGGCUGGGAGGGUGGGUGCAAGGGCAACUGGGAGAACUGUUAAGCUCCAUUUUAAAAGUUUUUAGAGGCCACAUCUACUCUGAGAAAUCAGCUCUUUGCAUCUUUUUUUUUUCACUCAAAACUUUUGGAAAAGAUUCAUUUAAAUCAUGUAAGGGUGGGAAAGGGGUGCACUUAAGUAGCUGCAAACUGCAUUGGAUAAAUAUCCCCUAAAGGAUUUAUUUGGCUGAACUUUUAGCAUAGUUUGCAGGAAUUCUCUCUUUGUCUGUUUAGACACUAAACAACCUUCUAUCUACAUUUUUAUUUUACAUUUCUUUUAUUUCAGCUGUUGUCUAUUGUUGGAUCCUUCAAGCCCAUGACACAAGAGAAUCUGUAGAGUUACAAAAGUAAUAAGACUAAUACGAACAGCAUGUCUGCACGAAGCAUUGAAGACAAACCACCGUCUCUUGCUGAGGGCUUCACUCCUCCAAAACCUAGAAACCUGCCCAGAGAUCGAACACCUUGGGGCGAUGUGAAACUUCCGAUAGACAUUAUGUUACUCACAGUUAAGGACUGCGAGUUUUUAAGUUGCUAUAAGUUGUUAAAGAACUCCUUCAAAAGCUAUACCCUGGCACUUGGUGAUGUUUAUUUUGGGGGAAUAGGUAAAGAUGAACCCUUGAAAGUGGCGCUAAUGAAAUGCCAGGAGGGUUCAAACACAACUGGUGGGUCAACAAUCGUCGUGAAAAAUGCCGUUACUAUACUCAAGCCUAAGGCAGUGUUCGCUGUGGGGUGCUGCAGUGGGCUGCAGCGUUGUGAAACGCGACUGGGAGACGUAGUCGUGUGUUCUAAGAUGACUCAGUAUGCUUCUCGAAUUGUCCAGAGUGGUGAGGUCCAAUCAACAGGUGCUACUCGUGUUCCCGUAAGUCGAAACAUGUUGCAACUUAUCAAGGAUGCAGCUGCUGGUUGGAAUCCACCAUUGCGCGACCCUUCCUCACGAGAAAUUGAAGUUCAUUGUGAUGCGGAGUAUCUGAGUGGCCCAGAGUUUGUCUGUGACAAACAGAAAUAUGACGAACUGAUUCGUCUUUAUCCCGAUGCAAAAGCAAUUGAUAGGGAGGGUGAAGGUCAGAUUUGUGUUUUAAAACAGCUUUCAUAUUUAACUCCAAGGAUAGAGAUUGCGGUAUUGAUAGAAACUGAUCCAAAGUUUUUCUUUCGAAAAGUGAAUCGAAACAUUACACAAAGCGAUUGCCGGUGUCACUGCAAAUUUGGACCACAUCUCCCCCCUCCCGAGCAUAUACCCACUAGUGGAUAUGGAAAAGAUUGAAAAGAUUACAUGAAAAAUGCGUUUGUCACUCAUGUAAUUAUUUAGGAAUUUUGUGUCCACAAUAAAAGAAGCGUUGACAAAAAUUUGACCUAAUUAUAAGAUGAUAAAUUCAUGAUAGAGGAAAAAAAAAAUUGUAAAUUUUUUAAAGGAUAGUCCGAAUCUGCGAGAGUGGGGUUCAUAUACCCUAGUGGACAUGGGCCGGAGGCCCAACUCCAGGAGGGGUCCAACUCCGUUUGGAAACCGGGGAUUGCAGACGAAAGGAAAUGGAGAAAGGAACCAGUCUCGAAGUUUAACCAUUUAUUUUUUGGGCAACUGAUUGAGUAUCUAGGAGUUAACUGCUUUGUUACAUUUCAAAUGUUUUCAAAUCCAAUGUCAAUUCUCACGGUGAUGUAUAUAAGAAGAAGGAAAUCCUCUUUAACGCAGCCACACAAAAAGCCUUUAGUUUCAACUAGUUAUAUGGAGUAAUGUUUUUCUCUCUUUAGGGGUUUAUGUUGCGGCGUAUGACUUGAAAAUGGAAUGGGUUGUCGUUAAGGGAAUAUCGGGGUAUGCAGAUGGCACUGGAGGAAUUACCGAUGAGUGGAAGACCUUUGCAAGUGUAAUGGCAGCCUCAGUUGUGGAAAAUAUGUUGUAUGGUUCCGUUGUUUUCCAAAGCUGGCCACAUUAUAAAGGUGACGUCACUCUCGUUUUCUUUAAACCAAAUGAUUGGUUCUCAUAUCCUCAUAGAUUUAUGAAUUGUGUGACCAUAAUCAACCUCAUAUAUGAUUAUGAUCAUCUUACAAGAUAUUUUGGUUUAUUAACUGAAUUUAUAUUACAAAUUGGCAACCUUAAAGAGUUCUGAAGUUACCAUUGAUACUUUGAGGAUUAAGAGUUACGAUUAAGAGAUAAAUAUUUUUGUUCUAGAGCUCUAGAGUUCCAAAGUUUCUCUAGAAACUUGCCCCCUUUAUUUAUAUGAAGAUUAUCUUGGUUUACCUUAUUUCAGACCAUCCAUUAUGUAAAAUUGCUUGUAAUAGGCUUAGCCAGGAAGAGAAGCAGUUAAACUCAGAAUGAAAAGCACUAUCUUAAAUUUCUCUUUCCUAAAUCCCCUCUCCUCUCCCACAAAGGAGCCGGCUGUGCAGGUAGACGUAAAAUUAUUGAAGCUGUCGAGAACCACUGAGCAUGGGAUGGUAUAAUGGCAAAGUAACUGAGAUUGCAUGAAUAUUAAGAGAACGUUAAUUGUAAUUUUAUUUCAAUCUAAGUUCUGUAUAACAAGUUAUUAAUCUUAUGCAUUGAGUCAAUUUUCAAAAUACGUCAACAUAUUAGGCUUUUUAACAUACCUGAAUCAAAACCCGAGUUACUUCCCUGUGAACUGAAAAUACCGAUGGUUCAUUAAUAAAGGGCCAGUCUAGUCUACGUGAAUUAAAAAAUAUUUUCCUGUUGGAAAGAAGGAAGCUUGAGUUUUUGCUUUCUAAAUUCUUGAAUUAUUUUGUUUAGAAUCAAGUGACCUCAGUGCAAGUGUACCUGCAUCAGCAGGGAGCCCGGGUAUAGAGCGUCCAGAGGUUAUCACUGCCAUGGACAACAAAGGUACACUUUUGCCGAUAUGGACUUUUCAAGCUGUUAUUUUUCUAUCUGUUAUUUUUUCUACUUCCCAAUCCCGCACUGGAUAUCUGCGUGGUUGCUUGCCAGCCUUUGUCUAUGAUCUUGUUUGUUUGUGCAAUCUUCCGUACGACCGUUUGCCCAUCUGUCUGUCUGUCCUUCCGCCUGUCUGUCUGUCCGACCGUACGCCCGCCUGUGCGUUGUUUGCCAUAAAACUUAAAGGAGAAGUACUACAAAACGUCGCAACUGCUUUGCUUCUUUUUUCAUUGUGUAAGUUUUGUCUUUCUCGAGCAAAACAUAAACAGAUCGGUAAAACAGAAUAGUUCUUACAUGUUUGGUGAUAUUUGGCCGGACCAAAAAGCUCCAAUUUCCAGCCAAAGAUUUUCAAUUGGAGAGAAUCAUAACAGCUUUGAAAUAAUUAGUCUGAAGUGAUGCAUUGUAUUCCUCUAAAGAGAUCAAGGAAUAACUCCAUGACAGGAUGAUUGACGCUAACCAAUCAUCCAUCUAUUACGUAGAACAAGAAUUACUUUAUUAAGAAUAUCUUUCAAACAUUAAGUUUACUUUUUCAAUAUUCAGUCAAGAAUGGCAAGCCCAGUGACGAAGAAUUAGAGACAAUUUCGAGAAACAUCGGCGUAGACUGGAAGCCACUUGGAAGACGUUUAAAGUUUAAGGAACCAGAACUGGACGCUUUUGACGAAAACCAUAAAGAAUUCACCGAAAAGCCAUUUCAAAUGUUGCUUCACUGGAAAAGAAGAGAGGGUGAAAAAGCAACCUAUCUUGUCUUACAUGACGCCCUAUGUCAUGACUUGGUAACCCGUAAGGAUCUGGCGAACGAAAUAUGCUGUCAAUGAGAGACUUAAAUGACUUUUCAGUAGUUGCUGAUGCAAAUAGGUUUUUUGAAAUAAGGACAAAACGAUCAACAGUUGUCCAAAAAUAAUCUGUUGGCUUCAAUAAUGAGUUACUCUUUCAAAGGUAAUGGCAUUUAUACACCAGUUUUUCCUAUUAGAUUUUUAAGUUAGAUGGAUGGUGAGCUGGAAUCUCAUGAUAAGUUUUCCUUGUCAUACGUUGUUUUUAUUUUCGUUGCAUUUUAAAUCGUAUAUAUUGUAUUAAUCUAUCAAGAAGCUUUUUUUUACAAAUUAUAACUUCCCUGAAAAAUCCUGCCUUCAAUUAACAUUGAUGAUAAUUCUAAAGAGAUUGCUUGUACUAUAAUUGCGAUUUCACUUCAUUACUACCAUGUAAUGAAGUAGUCAAAACAAUAUUAGCUCUUUAAUAUACAACAACACAAAUCCAUGCUGAGUGGACACUACGUACGUGUUUACAUUUAGGAGCUCUCUGCCUUCCCAGGACUCCAUCGCCGUAAAAAAAUUGACCCAACCAUUAUAUAGGAUUAUAAUGCUAAUAAUCAUCAUAGGUUAUAACGCUUAUAACCUAUGCCUAUCUAAUGGAGAGCAAAUCAAACGAAGGGAACCCCCAAGCGAUAAACAAUGACCGGUUGCCUGCUUAACCUAAGAAUGAUUGACUUGAAUAGGAUAAGCUCUAAAAAUAGAAUAAAAUUCUGACCGAAAAUAAAACUCUGUUUUCAUACCACAAGAGAAGCGAUAGGUUAAGAAAACAUUUAAAGUAAGUCAUUCCCUGAAUGCAAAAGAAUCAUUAUGAUACGAAAUAAAUAGGAAAUUAAUAUAUAUCUAUAAAUUAACGACUUUAAUCCAUUGGAGAAAGUAACAUGUAACCGUCAUGAAUCUACGUCAGAGUGACCUUAGCUAUGUUUGCAUAAUUAAGGAGUCUGAUAAACUACUCAACGACAUUGCAAGUCUGAAACGAAACUGUCUGAGAAGUGUUAACUUUUCGAUUAGUUCCGUCGAUUCACGAACUACUUACGAAGUAAUAUCGUUUGUCUUCACAGUCUUCUUCACAGAGUCAAGUACAGACAUUUUCAUUUUAAAGAGAAAGUGAAGGUGAGUGAAGAAAGUCAUAUAUUUUGACUGUAGACAUUACAGGAGACGAUAGCGCCGAGCAUUAAUUCCUUCGGUGUGAUCUGAACUGAGACAAAGCGGGUUUUUAUCAAUAACAGAUGACUAACUUUAUCAUAGAUAAACAUCCAAGAGCGAAAGUCUUCGAUAAAAACCCUUCAAUCCAUUUGUUUUAAUUUUACACACCACAGAUGAUUUAAAUAAUAGUGGAUACUGUGAAAAUUAAAUCACGCAUAUGGCCGUAUGACUUUGUCUUAGGUUAUUCUCAUUACCCCUCGAUAGUUCAUCUUCUCGAAUGAUUCCCUUCCGACCGAGUUAACGUUACGAGCAUCUGUAAUGAUUGCAGUUUAAAGAUACUGAUCCGCUUAUUUUAGUCAAGUUCAGUCUAUGGUUGAAACAGCGAUGACUGAUGCUUGUCCAGAUGCAAACAAAUACAUAAAGACGUCUUGAAGAUAACAAAUGGCUUAAACUGUUUGGUAAAGUUAUUCUGAAUUUUAAAGAGACUCUUGAAGAAGAAUCUCAAAAGAUCCGUUCAGAUAUGCCCGCUUUUGUUUAUGUUUCGUUGAAAGAAAGCAAUUUUCAGUUUAGGCGGAAGCGCAAGUUAUAAAACGUUCGAUGUAAUUUGGAAUAAAGCUGAAGCGGCGAUUUUACUCAAUUCCUGAGUAAUAACUUUGUCGUAGAGGGACAUGUAUUUUCGCUGUUUUCAUGGUUUACAACCACUUAGUCCCAUUUUUUUAGAUGUACAUAACACUUGGAUGAUUUGAGAGGUAGGCGAUAGAAAUUCAGGCUGAGAAUUGAUUUAUCAGUUGUGCUUCGAGUCUAGGAACCUUGAAAGAUCAAAUAUAUGAUCUCUGACGUACUGUUAGUCAUAUAGGCAAGUUUAUCAAUCUGCUCUCUCUCGCUCUGUGUUAAAAGAUCAUGAAUUUGUGAGGUAGAUAUCAAAACUUUUGUUUUCGUACACUCGUAUAAUCCUUCUUCGGUUCUCGCUACAAAAAUGAGAUAAAUUAAUCUUACGAUUUGUUUUGAUAACACUUGCAUUGCCCCUAGGGCUUCAAGUUAUCAAUAUAAAUAUAACUUUUCCUAGAGGAUUUUUAGGGAUAUUACUAUUUGUUCAUACUUCAUGCAGUUAGUGGUACGUCUGUAAAUUGAGGUUUUGUCCUUCCAUCUUACAUUUAUAUAUGAAAACCUUAACCACUACAAAAUCCAUGCAGUUAUGUUGCAUUUUUGCCAGGGAAACAGUUUGUGUAGCCCACUGAAGCAGAUUCAAGGGAGAAUUCAAUUUCAAUUUUAGUUACUUCCCAAAUCCAAUCAGUGAGGGCGCUCCAAAGUUGAAAGAUCCAGUCAAAUAUUAAUAAUUAGAAGCCUCACACUUACAUAUACUGGAAAAUAAUCAAUCAAUGCCUAAGAGAAAGGAUCCCUCAGCUGAAAAAGCUUCACUCCUUACCUGACAUAUACCUUGAUCAUGUACAGUACUGUAGAGCAAAGGGGAAAAAUUAACAAAUGAAAGCAUAGCGCCAACAUGUACUGUAAACAUUUAAUCAAUGCUUAACAGUGAGGAUUCAUCAGUAAAAAGCCUCACUCCUAACUGGUAUAUCCCUUGAACACAGAAGUUAUAGCAAGGAAAAGACUAAUUAGUAGAUGCACUGCACCAACAUGUACUCUUAACGAUUAAUCAAAGACUAACAGAUAGGAUUCCUCAGCAAAAAGCAUACCUCAUAGUUGGCAAUUACUUUGAUUAUGAUAAUUUUGAGCAAUAGAAAAAGCUAAUCACAUUAAAGACACUGCACGCACAUGUCCUAUGGAAUGAUCAAUCAAUGCCUACCGAUUCGGAUUCCUCAGCUAAAAGCUUAACUUGGAACUGGUUUAUACCUUAAUCAUGGUGUGGUAGAGCAAGAGAAAAAAAUUAAUGAAUAUAAGCAUUGCAGAAGCGUUUACUAUAAAAUGAUAAAUCUUAGCCAAACAAUAACGAUCCAUCAGCGAAAAAGAAAAGCUUCAUUACUAACUGGCUUAUACCUCGAUCACAAUAGUGCAGAGCAAAGGAAACAAAUAAUCAUAAGAUGCACUGCACCUCAUGAACUGUGAUUGAUCAAUCAAUUUCUUGCAGUAAGGAUUCCUCAGCUCCUAACCGGUAUAUUCGUUGAACACAGUAGUGAGGAGCAAAGUAAACAAAAAAUCACGAGAUGCAGUACACCUACUUGAACUGUAAAAUGAUCAAUCACUUCCUAACAGUAAGGAUUCCUCAGCCAAAAGCUUUACUCCUAACUGGCAUAUACCUUGAUCACAAUAGUGUAGAGCAGGGGAUAAAAUUAGUCAUUAGAUGCAUUGUUCCAAUAUGUACAUUGGUCAUAGUACUUUAAAGAAAGGGAAAACAUUAGUUAUUAGAAGCAUUGCAGCUACCUAUGCUAUAACUGAUCAAUUAAUGCCUUUAACAGUAAGGAUUCCUGAGUUAACAUCUUCACUCCUAACUGGCACCUUCCUUGAUCACAGAAGUGUAAAGCAAGAGGAAAAAAUUAAGCAUUAGAAGCAGUGAACUUACAGUACUUCAAAUUGAUCAAUCGAUGCCUAACAUUAAGGAUUCCUCGGCUAAACUCUUCAUUCCUAACAGGCAUAUACCUUGAUCAUAUGUAGUGUAAAGUAAUGGAAAAAUUUAUCAUUAGAAUCAUUGCACAUACGUGUGCUGUAAAACGAUCAAUCUGAGCAGAACAGCCACGAUUCAUCAGUAAAUGAGACUUCUCUACUUACUGGCAUAUACCUUGAUCACAACAGUGCAAACCAGAGGAAAACAAUAAUAAGAUGUGCUGCACCUACAUGCACUAAAAAUAAUCAAUCAUUGCCUAACAGAAAGGAUUUAUGAGCUAAAAAAAGCUUCACUCCUAAAUAGCAAUUUCCUGGAUUUCAGUACAGUACUGUAGAGCAAGGGGAAAAACAGUCAUUAAAAGCCUUGCACCUAUGUAUAGUAAGAAUGAUCAAUCAAUGCCAAACCGACUUGAAAAGAUUCCUUUGGAAAUAAUUUUUUUCUUUAUUGGCAUUUACCUUAACUUACGGCGAUUUCUGCUGUUUUAAGCUUGCUUUACCAUCACUGACAUAAAUAACAGCGAUGGUAAAGCAAGCUUAAAACAAAGCUUAAAAGCAAACAGAAGAAAGUGCCAGAAACUACAACGGACACACAGGAUGUGAGUAAAUGUCGUUGAUUUUACGUGUAAAAUAUUCAUAUUUCGAAAUAUUUACCGUUGUAAAUCGACCAUAUUUUGUUCCCCAUACUAUUCCUUAAAACGUAUUCAAAUUUUCAACAGUUCCUCUCUUAACUUAACAUCGAGUCACACAACGCGUGACGCGUUCAUGAAUUAAUCAUUGGCUUUUUCACGAGACGUGAGCCUGGGCCGCCUGUAGUUCAUCAUAGCAAUCCCUCUCAGAAUUCUACAUAAUAUAACACCAAGAACGGUCCAUUAACGUGGCUGAGAUAGCCCAAUUAGGGCCAAUUGACCAUGAAUGGAAAUGCUUCUCCCAGUUUGUGAAGUUAUUAGACACCCUUCCCAUUCAAUGUCUCUUGCAUUGACCUACGUCCUUUUUUUAGCUGGAAUCCUCUUGUUAUCUAUGUAGCCUCAUAGAAAUGUAAUGAAACAGGAGCGUAAAUCACCGGUGAAACAAAGCACUGAUAUUGAUUGAACACUACCUUGCAUUGUCACUGUUGUUUCCAACUGUCCCACCACUCAUGAUCACUUACAUGGGAUGAUGAAGCUUUGUAUAGCAAGGUGUUUAUCAACGUUGUCAUAUUAACCAAAGCACGAUAGUAGUACAAUCCUCAUAGAUAGGCAAGUAUAUGUCAAGAUCAAAGCUUCAUAUCGCUUGUUUGAGAACUUAGUAGAUUCUUUGGAUGACAUGUGACAAUAUAGCCCGCCAUGUUGAAGGGAAGUAUCGGUUAAUAUCCAGCAACAACAAUAUGCCACCGUAGUGCUGAUUUGCUCUUCUGGUUGGAUUGAGCCUUUACCGGAAUAGCAGGAUUAUUCGCUAUCACACUGGAGAGAAUUUCCUCUCUGAACAUUACUUAAGAUGUAGAAACACUGGAAAAAACACCUCCUCUAACUCGUAUUGACUUGGAUUUGACUCAUUAUCCAUCACUAAGUUCCUGUCCAGCUAGCUAGUUAAAUCAUGUCAGUUUCAAAAUAAUUUGGCAUAUUAUUGCUAUCAAUUUAUCACAAUCGAUUUUAUGCUAAUCAAACCAAAGAGGAGACUGUAUUUCAAAAUAUUUUAGAACUCAGACAGCCAAAGGCUGAUCAGCAUUGAUUCUGAGAAUUGAAUAUAAUAACUAUCUCAUUGAUCACAUAAUUAUUCCUAGG